AAAUAUUAUUUACAAUUACACAGCCUUCAAAAUAGCCCUGGUUACACUCUCCAUUGAUAUAACAGAGCUGUAUUUGUGCAAGCUCUCUUCUUUACUUCUCCCUCCUCUCUCUUUUUUUCUCUCUCCAUCGCUCUUUUCUUAAUCCAAUCGGCACAGUAGCCGUCAUUAUUCCAAUCAAACAUUCUCCAAAUAGUCCCUGUUGCACUUGAGACUGUGAAAAAAAAUUGCUUUGUUCAGUUAAUGUUGAAGUCCCCCUCGUCCCUCCUCUUCACUCUCUUAAAAACUCUUUAGGUUUUUCCAGCUGAGCGAUUCAGGCUGAGGCGGGCGCAACCGCACUAGAGGGGGAAGUCAAGUCGUGCUGGACUGGCGCGAUAUCCUCGCACGGUUUACAACUAAAGGAAGAUCUGACCCGCAUUUAAUCUUGCUUUAAAAUGACGGACUAUGCUGAUUUUAAAAGUUGACCUGGGAUUUCUAGUUGUCGGGUGUUUGCGAGGCAUGGCUUUCCUUUUAACUUGCUUAUUUCUGUCUUGUUACAGUGCGAACAGUGUUUGGGGGAAUCAGCACAGUGAGACCAGUAUCUAUUUGGACAACAUCACGCGCAUAUUGGAUAGAUUACUGGAUGGCUAUGACAACAGGCUGCGACCUGGAUUUGGAGGUCCAGUUACAGAGGUCAAAACAGACAUCUUCGUCACAAGCUUUGGACCUGUUUCAGAUGUCGAGAUGGAAUACACCAUGGACGUGUUCUUUCGUCAGACAUGGAUUGACGAAAGGCUAAAAUUCGAGGGCCCCAUUGAGAUCCUGCGGCUCAACAACCUGAUGGUCAGCAAGAUCUGGACACCAGACACCUUUUUCCGGAAUGGCAAGAGGUCGAUCUCUCACAACAUGACCACCCCCAACAAGCUGUUCCGCAUCAUGCAGAACGGAACUAUCCUCUACACCAUGAGAUUAACUAUAAAUGCAGAAUGCCCCAUGCGUCUGAUGAACUUCCCGAUGGACGGCCACGCCUGCCCACUCAAGUUUGGGAGUUAUGCCUACCCCAUCAGUGAGAUUGUGUACACGUGGAAGAAAGGUCCUUUAUCUUCUGUGGAGGUGCCGCAGGAAUCAUCCAGUUUGUUGCAGUACGACCUCAUUGGUCAGACAGUAUCGAGCGAGAUGCUUAAAUCCAAUACAGGAGAAUACGUCAUCAUGACCGUCCACUUCCACCUCCAAAGGAAAAUGGGCUUCUUUUUAAUCCAGACUUAUAUUCCUUGUAUUAUGACGGUCAUCCUGGCACAAGUCUCUUUUUGGAUUAACAAGGAGUCGGUUCCAGCUCGGACUGUGUUUGGUAUCACUACUGUCUUGACCAUGACGACGCUCAGCAUCAGCGCCCGCCAUUCCCUCCCCAAAGUCUCCUACGCCACAGCCAUGGAUUGGUUCAUCGCUGUUUGCUUUGCCUUCGUCUUCUCCGCCCUGAUUGAGUUUGCGGCUGUCAACUACUUCUCCACCCUGCAGGCCAACCGGGAGCUUCGGAAGGCGGCAGCCAUGAAGGCAGCGGCUCAGGAGGCGGCGGCUGCAGCGGCGGCGGCAGCUCCAGCUGCAGCCACGGGGAACGACACAGAAGUUUCCUCAGUGGAUGCCAGCAGCGUUCUGAAGAAGAGGAUGAACUCUGCCCCGCUGUUUGACCGCCCUGCCAAAACAUUUCCCAACCCGCCUGUCAAUGCCCAAGCGUUCCUGCAGCAAGGCUCAGCUGUACCGGCCAACAACGUUCUGACUGGCACCAGCAUCAUCGACAAAUACUCGCGCAUCCUCUUUCCCCUUUCGUUUGGCGCCUUCAACCUGGUCUACUGGAUCGUCUAUCUCACCAAGGACACCAUGGAGAUGUCCAGGGAUACCGUCUAAGCCCAGAGUUUGUCUUCCUGGAACUGACACACACUUUCAAACACAUUUGCAUACACUCACACACACAUGAAAUACAUGACAGACACUUGCCAAGCAUUCUUUUAUGCCGCCUCAGUGCAUUGUAUUUCUUUUUGAGUAGUCCCAUGGAAAGUGUGCGUUUGAGAGCAGAUGUACCAGCAGCUCCUAUUGCCAACUUGACCAGGGAGCUCAAAGCCAUGUGGGGCCCCAGGCUUUGGAACUAUUUCAGACAGGUACUACAUCUCUCUGCCACUCUUAUUUAUUUAACCUCCCCAAUGUCUAAAAAAAACAGAAAAAGUUACAUGCUAGUACACUUUUUUUGAAGUGUCUGUUCUGUAUCCCCUGUUGCCUGAAUGGAUGGGGCAAGACCUAACGCUAGCGAGGCUGCAGAGCCGGAGGUAGAGCCACUGUACUGAGCUACUUUGCAUUUGUUUUCUGUGUGCGUGCAACAUGCAUGGAUUUCCAGACAUUAGAGUGAUUUUGCAUGUGUGUUAGGAAUGACACAUUCCCUUCCCCGAUAAUUAGAACACACUUGAGGGAAUGAGUGUACUCAUUUGUCCUGACUGGAUCUAUUGUGACUGACUGAGUUGCAGGAAUUCUUCGCUGCCAGCUCGCCCCCCCCCCCCCAACACUCUAUUUUUUUGGUUCAUUGGCUUAAUUUCCCUCUGCUGAUAGGGUACAGAGGAUGUGAAGCAAAAUCUUCAAAGGAUUUAUAUGGUAUGUUCCACAGAUAUAUUGGCCCAGUUGAAUAUUCACUGUCACAUGCACAUGGAGAAACGUGCACAUACAAACACUAAAAGCACAUGCCACUCACUUGCACUUUAUGUUUUCCAUUUUCACAAUGGUCCGAUUAUAUGUCCUAGAUUCUCUAUUGACAAAAAUAAACUUUGAUACAUCAGUGCAUGAAUUUAGCAUAAACUAACUUGUUACAGCUCAAAGCUGUGAUCCAUCUGGUAACAGUUUUUAAAAAAAAAUUACACAACCACACAGUACCUGCCUGCAGGCGCAAGAGAAAAGGAUACUGCAAAAACAAAUGUUCAAGUUUAAGUUUGCCAAACAAGUAAAGAAAGUCGGCAGAAUAAGACUGAUCGGUGAAAUUUAUUACAUGAAUUUAAACACAGUGGAUGGAACGUGUGGAGUCUCAUGUCAUUCAUUCAUGAAAAAAGUUUUUUUUAAAAAUCACACAUUUAACUGCAAAUUCACAUAACUUGCUAUAUAUAUGAAGUCGUCAUGGAGCAUCAGCCUCCCUUUCCCCAAAGAAGAUUUAGGCCUUUGUGUGCUAGCACUGUUAGCAUUUUUUUUUUUUUUUAUUGUUUCUGCUUAGUGUAGAUAUUUUAAUUGAACUUCAAGGAUUCCCACACUGGUUGCCAAUUAUUUCUUGAGAUGACAGCCAUUCCUGCCGGUUUUCAUUAGACAUAAAAGCAGCAAAAAAUUGAAAAUUAAACCUAUCAUCAUCAAUUAUACAAAAUGCCAAAACAUAUUCAUUAAUAAUCUUCUUGUGUGGAUUUGCAUAUGAUUAUGCAAUGUUUCCAAUUAAGCAGAGAGUGUAACAUGUUAAAGCCAUGUGGUGUCUAAAUAUAAGCUGGUGCGUUUACUUCCUCAUGACAUCCAUCAUCUACGAUGCUCUCAUUAAAGGUGUCUCUUAAUAACACAGGCGCCUUUUGAAAUGGAAAAACCUGAACACCAAACCAAAAGAUUACAGAAAACUGUACUUCCAAUGGCUGUUUAAUAUGCAUGUUAAAAAACAAAUCCGUACAACUGGAGGAAAAAUACACUGAUGAUUCUAUUUAUAGAAGUUCUUCAACAUGAGGUAGUAUGAUUUCCUUGCUCUUUGAUAUUCCCUUUGGAAAGGAAGUCCUUUAUUUUCUGUAAGUAUUUGUAUUUUAUACGCGUACUUUCUUGGUUUCGUGAACAGACCAGCAUGAUCGGGCUCAGUUCAACAACACUGGUAGCCUAAAGUAGAUCAACAAUGCAAGAGUAAAGAAAAAAAGAAAAUAUGCAACACAACAAAAAAUGCAAUACAGACUCUGGUUGGGUUCCAUUUCUGAAAACAAUACCAUAUUCUGACAUUGCAAAGCUUUCAUGAACUAGUUUCAAACCAGCAACUGGAGGAAUAUCAAUAUUGGAUGAUUCUUCACACCCUCGGAUUAUGUCCAGUGCCAAGGAUUAUACAUUGUUGCUUUCUAUAAUAUCUCUGCAUGGCAGUUAUGGUAUGACCACAGUGAGGUUAGGGUUAGAUGACUAUAAAGCUUUGUUAAGCUUAUGGAUACACUCAAUAAAAUGCUUCAGUAGCAGGUUUGUGAAGGCGUGGAAGGUCUACAUGAAGAUCUGAUCUGCUAGACUUGGACUCGUGUGCCUCAGAUCUUCAUUCAGUUGAUAUGGAAAUGAUGUGUAACUAUGAUCAAAUGUUGUAAAUUAUGGAGCGUGAAAGGAUUGGUUUACUUUAAGGCCUGUUGUUGCAUGUUCUUUUUUCUUUCACGUGUACAUGAGAGGACUUAACGAACAGUGGUGUCGGCCUGUACGAACUGUCUUUGUACCUUCCUUCCUCCUCUACUUCAUCCAUCAUCCUCCCUCCCCUCUGUCUUUGAGGCAGAGGCUGAAGAGAUGGGGGCAUUUCAACCCUUAUUGCCCUGCAUGUCAGGGCCGUUUUGUGGGGAAACCUGACUGCUGGUGAACUCGGACUGCUGCUGAACUGCCGGCUCAAACCCCAGCGGAGCCUCAGAGCAUCGGCGACCUUCCACCUUCAGCAGUGACUGAGCGUUUUCCUGCAGGAUAAGUUAAAUCGUUCAACGGAAAUAAAGCAGUGUGUGUAUGUUUGCGUGCUUGAACGAGUGUAGUGUUUUUUUUUAAUAUGACUGAGCUUGUUUGCUUUCAUCGGUGACCUGAUUGAUCAGUCCUCUGACUCCAGCCUAGCUGCUCAGCUCCACACACCACCGCAAGGAAACUACUCUUGCAUGACCUCCGACCCUCUAUGUGCUUGUUAGGGUUGUUGAAUGUAGAAGGUUGUGAACUCCAUAGAAUAUAGAAUUCUAUUGCUAUGGUGAGUGCGGCCACAAAAUGCUCUUAAGUUAUUUUGUUUCAUUCCACAGGCAUGGGCUUUGUUGAUUCUUCCAUUAAGCAAACGUUAACUCCCCCUUCUUUUCAUUUCUACACUGUCAUUUGCCUAAAAAUCAUGGCCACAAUUUAGAAGACAAUGAAUGCUCUACAUUGUUAUUUUACGUGUAUAUUUUGUGAAUAUUAUUAAGUAUUUAUGUAGGUUGCUAUUUGUGUUCCCUGCUUGAUGAUGGGCUACACUGCAUUAAUCAUUUGUACAGGUUUGAAUGACAGACAACAACUUUUAUAAUUUAACAGCUUACUUCCUCCACAUUUGUUCCUUCUACACGUUGCUCACCAUUCUUUUUUUUUUUUUUUUUUUUGUCAUGAAGAGGGCUUGUUUUUAUUGCAAUAGAAUGAACAUUUGCAUAUUCAGGUCUUUUGUCCCCUGUUAAUAAAUGAACCCUUACUCACUUUCCCUACAGGAUUGUAUAUUACUAUGUUCAAUAAAGCCAAAUUAUGUA